AUGCAGUAUGGGACGGUGAACUCUUACACGCGGAAUGGACCACUUCGGUGGUCACAUUCAUUCCUCAAACCAGGCAAGCUCGUCAGCAUUCAGGCGUUGCGACCCAUCUCGCUCACCUCUUGCACGGCCAAACUUAUGGAGACCAUGGUCCGCGACCACCUGUCCGCAUAUCUGGAAAGGAAGGGCGUCUUUGGUGACUCGAUGUUUGAGUUUCGCCCCCAUCUGUCUGCGCAGGACGUCCUUCUCCAACUCCAGCACGACAUCAUUGUACCUACUACGAUGCGCCACAAUGACAAAGCCAUCCUAGCCCUCGAUCUCCGGGGUGCCUUCGACAAUGUAAAGCAUAGCAUCAUCCUUACCAAUCUUAACAGCACGAACUGGGGCUCGAAAGCUUUCCGGUACAUUAGGUCAUUCCUUUCGCAUUGCACUGCUUUCAUCCGCAUCGACUCUGCCGAACAUGGUCCGUAUACAUUAGGCACCCGCGGUACACCACAGGGAGCGGUUCUAUCACCCAUCCUUUUUAAUUUGGCCAUGCUCAAACUUCCUGCGCUCUUCGCUCAGGUCGAAGGCAUACAGUACGCUCUAUACGCGGAUAACAUCACAAUCUGGACCAAUUCUGGCUUUCCUGCAAAAGUUGAAGACAGCAUACAGCGAGCGGCACUUAUUGUGGACACUUACGCCUCAUUGUGCGGACUGGAGGGUUCCCCUACCAAAUCAUCUCUUCUCUCGGUAUCAUCUCUACCGCCACCUCAGAUAUCUCUGCCAUCUGGCCCCAUACCGGUUGUCACAGAACUCCGCAUAUUGGGCCUCUACAUCUCUUCUACUAUGAACCCUGGCUCCACCAUUGCGCGUCUUCGGCGCACUAGUGAGCAGGUUAGCCGUAUGAUUCGGCGGGUCUCCACCAAACGUGGCGGCCUUCGCGGUCGGCACUCCCUUCGCUUGGCUCACGCGUUUGUAACCAGCCGAGUCCUCUACGCUACUCCAUACCUUCGCCUGCGUCGCCACCACGAGAAUCAGUUGGACGCACUGCUCCGAUCGGUUUAUAAGCGAGAACUAGACCUCCCCAUUGCUACCUCCAAUCGCCGCUUUGCGGCCUUGGGUGUGCCCAAUUCGUAUGCCGAGUUGCGGGAGGCUCAUCGCACCAAUCAAAUUAACCGCCUGUCCCUGACGGUUCAUGGACGCCGCCGUCUGGACAGGCUGUCACUGAACACGAUCUCUACUCCACCACCCGAUUCCUCUGUUUCGGAGCUGUGGCGGCAAAAAAUUUGGGUCGAGCCUCUUCCUCGCAACAUGGAUCCCAGUCCAAAUAAAGGCAGAUGCAUAGCCCAAACACAACUUCUCCAUACCCGGUACUCCAACACUCCCGGUGUCUUCUACGUAGAUGUCUCAGGCCCAACCUCCUCGGGACACUUUACGGCCGCAGUGAUAUCCGAGGGUCACAACGUUGACGGCAUCUCUUUCCGCUCACCUGAUGCAACUCGGGCUGAAGAGGUAGCCAUUGCUUUGGCAGCCUCUCACCGCUCAGCAAGAGUGAUCAUCACGGACUCGCGCAUCGCCUGUUCCCGAUACCUGCAAGGUACCAUAGCUCCUCUGGCCGCCGACCUUCUCCAGGCUGCCUCAUGGCGCUUUGAACCUCACUCCAUCCGCAUAGUAUGGUCUCCUGGCUACUCGGGUCUCCCCGGUAAAAAAGCGGCUCGUGCCGCUGCCUGCGUUUCUCUCCCCCGGGCCGUUACCUCUUUCGACUCCGCGUCUCCCCCAGGCACCUCAGCUCUUACGCAGUACCGCGAAAUCCUUGAUUACUAUUGA